UAAGAGUUGUGCCAUGCGGCGCACGAGUUCGUAUACGUAGGCUCUCAAGGUCUUACAUUUUCAUCACGUAAUAACCACUAUUUCCAUAGAACCAGACCACAUGCAACAAUGAAUCUGGCAUGGACCGUCAUAGUGGUUCACAUACUUUAACCCAGCUUGGGCCACUGCUGUGGAACUUCUUCUGCUAUUGUUCACGAGGUGUUAAAAGGCUGCUUCAGGCAGUUUUCUGUAUCAUUCAGCCAUCAUGAAGAUUACCCCCCGAGCUUCAUUUAACGGCCUUCCCACCGAGAUCGUCGCCAUCAUCAUCAAAUAUGCUGCAAAGCCCACCUUUACUCAAGACGAGGGUUAUGAGCCGACGCAUCUAUACGCGACCGCUCGUAAACUUUGUCUUGUCUCCCGAAUUUUUAGGCACCUUGCACUGCCUAUAAUGUUGCACACCGUAGUACUGGAUUUUGAGAACAUGACAGCUUUCUUGCGUGCUCUACGCAUGCAAAACGAAUACGCUCAAACAUAUCCUGCUCUCCGCUUCGAGUACACACCUCACGUACGCAACAUCUGGAUCGGACCGUGUUUGGAUGAGUGUCCCUCAGACGCUCCUGUGGACAGCAGCUUCACCUCUGAGCCUGUGUCGGACCUUGAGCUCAUCGCUCCAGUGCUCCUUGGCGCAUCAUCACUCGCAAUCUACUUUUCAUGUCUAAACCUCCUGACAUCCUGCAUAGAGCUCGCAUGGACCCGUAUGGACCAAAAUAUAGACAAUGGAAGUUUGCCGCUUCCGUGGAACACAAAAACAUUGACGCUAUCCAGGAUGAGCUGUGACUCAUGGGAAAUGACGAAGCUUGCCUCAGGAUCAGCCUUCUUGGCAUCCAUCACCCACUUUAUCGCCCUCCCUCCAGAUGAGAAUGAUGCGUUGGUACACAUCCUUUUGCGAACUGAACGCAUUAUUGGACCUCAAAACUACGCUAUGCCUCUGUGGAUGUCGUACGUUCCGUGGAAUUCGUUCGAGAGGCUGGAAAGAGUCUCUUUGGUUUUCCCCCGAGUCCAACUCCCGUUCGACAUGGUUAAAUAUCGCAGGAGAGCGGAGCAACACGCGGAAGUGUUGACGCUCCCUGGUUCGAUGGUGAAGGGCCGGCGUGGGCCCGCGGAGAUACGAGGGUCCAAAGGCACUGAAGAGGGUUCUUCUUCGUUGCAAGAUGAUGAUGCUGCGGUGUCCGGCGAGGAUUUUAUUUCCUUGAACGACGUUCAUGUUGCGGUGUCCGAUCAUCCGGUGCCCUUUUGUGGUUGUGAUAUGUGUCUCCAUUCAGAUUGGCAGAAAGUGUGGGCAUCCGGGUUGCAAGCUAAAGGGAGAUGGGUGUUGUGAUACGAUUGAUAUUAAGCAUACAUACGUAAAUGUUCGCAGUUGGCUUCCUGUAUCGUGUACAUAUAUACAUCUAUUUCUUGGCGCCGAUCAUUAGACUUGUCGAUACUGUCGAUAUUUUGUUAUUGAGUAUUCAUGAACG